CCCCCCUGCUUCCAACAAAUAUGCAGCUCAUUCCGUCGAGCCAUCUCCUGUAGCUCGCCUCACCUCUUCUCCCUUGUGCUGCUUGAACCGGCCGGCAUGUCGCGGCUCUCGAUGGCGAUGCUGCUCCUAGUCUCCCUUGUGCUGGCGACGGGCCCGCGCCUCGCCGUCGUGGAGGCGGUCGUCGUGGAAGGCCUGACGGUGGGGUUCUACAACAAGACGUGCCCGGAGGCGGAGCAGGUGGUCCGCGACGUGGUGAUGAACGACUACGGCAUGGACCACACCAUCGCCCCGGGCCUCAUCCGCAUCUUCUUCCACGACUGCUUCAUCACGGGGUGCGACUCGUCCAUCCUGCUGGACGAGUCUCCGUCGGGCGAGGUCCCGGAGAAGGAGUCGUCGGCGAACGGGUUCACCCUGCACGGCCUGCAGACCAUCGACGUGGCCAAGGCGAGCAUCGAGGCCAUGUGCCCGCGCACGGUGUCGUGCUCCGACAUCCUGUCGUUCGCGGCGCGCGACGCGGCGGUGGCGGCGGGGCUCCCGAGCUACGAGGUGCCGGCCGGGCGGCGCGACGGCACGCACUCCCGGAUGGCCGACCUGCCGGGCAACUUCCCGGUCCCCGGGCACACGGUGCCGCGGCUGACGGAGCUGUUCGCGAGCCGGGGCCUGUCGCAGGAGGACCUGGUGACGCUCUCCGGCGCGCACUCCAUCGGGGGCGCGCACUGCUUCAUGUUCUCCAACCGCAUCUACGGCUUCUCCAAGACGGCGGACAUCGACCCGUCGCUGGACCCGGCGUUCGCGCAGCGGCUGCGGAAGAUGUGCCCGCGGCCCAAGCCGGACGACAACCCGCAGCAGGCGCCCAAGGUGAACUUCGACGAGCGCACCGGGGAGAAGCUGGACAACGCCUACUACCAGGAGCUGCUGGCGCGGCGGGGCCUGCUGACCUCGGACAACACGCUGGCCCUGGACCCGCAGACGAGGCCGCUGGUGGAGCAGUACGCCAAGGACGACGCGCUGUUCCAGCAGAGGUUCGGGGAGGCGAUGCAGAAGGUGAGCAAGCUGGACGUGAUCAUCAAGAAGAACAAGGGGCAGAUCAGGCGGGACUGCCGGAUGGUGAACAAGGCCAAGGGGGUACGCUGGAUGCCCAUCCACUUUCUCAAGCCCCCCAAGCACCCCAUGCUCCAGAUGAUCAACUGGUUCAUCCGGGGCUUCCAGCAGAACUAAUAAGUUGCCUUUGCCAUCCACAUCCAUCCAUCUCCUCUCGGCUCUCCUACUCCUAUUCCUAGACGGACCAGCCUGCUGCUCUACCUCUAUAUAUACCCACUCCGGCGCAGCUGUCAAGUUUAAGUUUGCAUUGGUCGCCAUUUUAUUGUUAUUACUGUCUUCGGUCUAAUGAUGAAUAUGGCUUGAGCCAAUCAUGUACUCAUAUAUGUCAUGCUUGUGCCGUUUGUACGGUUGUUACUACUUAUCAGCUUGGAAUAAAUGUGAAACCGAAUAAACCAUCC